AAGAUGCAGUGGACCCCCGAGCACAGCCAGUGGGCCGAACAGCAUUUCGACAUUUCGUCCACCACGCGCUCGCCAGCCCACAAGGCUGAGGCAUACAGGGCAGUACCUGGCCACCUGCAGCGCUCGGCCACCUACCAAUAUGCCUGGGCCAAUGACGACAUCUCGGCACUCACUGCCUCCAACCUGCUCAAGAAGUACGCUGAGAAGUACUCUGGUAUUCUGGACAUGCCGGGCUCAUAUUCGGAGACGCCUGGUGUCCCAGGAGUGAUGAAUGGACGGAAAGGUGAAUCUGAGCCUUGGCAGGAUGGUGUCUACCCCAUGAGCUGCAUCCCAGAGGGCAUUUCCGUCAGGAAAGGGGGGGUUGCGGCAGCUUCAGAGGUGGUGUCUGGCAUGUGCAGCUCUCCGGGCCUGGCUUCCAGCACCCUGAGUGAGCCCAGCUACUCCAGCAGUAGCUGUGGGAGCCACACAGCAACUGCCCUGCACUCUUCCUCCAUGCCCUCUCAGGAAUAUGGCCCAGCGUACAGCAGCUCGUACCUGCACAGCAGUUACAGCUCCCAGUCUACCCCCGCCCCAGCACUUCCAUCUCCACUGCACAGCUCUGGGCUACUGCAACCACCUCCUCCUCCACCCUCCCACCCCACUAUAGUCCCAGCUUACAAUGGAGGCUCCCCCAACUUGUCUAGUUAUAAUUACCCCCCAGCAGGCUACCCAGCUCAAAACUCAGUAGGGCCAGGAUAUAGCCCUGGAGGAGCCCCCCCUCCCUCCUCGUACCUUCCCUCAGGCAUUGCUGCACCUACACCCCUUGCUCCCUCUUCUGCUUUACCUGGAUACCCAUACCAGAGCCACAACCUGACCCCAAUUGCCCCAACCCCUCUCAACAGUAGCUCCUCCAACUCACUAAAGAGGAAAGCCUUCUACAUGACAGGUCAAGGAGAGAUAGACCCCUCUUAUGGUAACUUUGGCUACAGUCAGGCAAGGAGCUCAGCUGAGAGUCCCAUGUACAGGGUAGCAGAUAGCAGCAGUACAAACGGAGGCUCCAACAGUGCCAGUGGUGGUGGGUUUGACAGGAGUGCUGAGAAGUCAUCUUUAACUUUUAAUCCUCAGAAACAAUCCACCAUUGCAUCAGAGCAGCAGAGGAAGUACAGCAGCCAGGCAACUGGUGGGCCUCUGACUCCACCAGCCUACGUCUCCUCCACCCUGGGGGGUUCCCGCUCAGCAGACUCUAUUCCCAGCUUUACCACCCCCUCCCUCAGUGAGCAAGGUCCUGAAGACCACCGUCUCCACCUUUCUCACUCAGCACCUGGACCUACCUCCUCCUCAUCCACUUCCAACUCCCGGCCUGCUGAAGAACAACUAAAAACCAGUGAUCCUCACCUCCUGGACAUGGUUACCUCUGAAAUUGUACAGCAGGGGCCCCCAGUGGAUUGGAGUGACAUUGCAGGUCUAGAACUUGCCAAGGCUACCCUGAAGGAAGAGGUCCUGUGGCCCAUUCUGCGUCCAGACAUGUUCAGCAGUUUAGGACCAUCCCCACGUUGUGUGUUGCUGUUUGGCCCCAGAGGCAGUGGCAGGACAUUGCUGGGACGUUGCCUGGCCAGUCAGCUGGGAGCACCAUUCCUACAGCUCAGCGGCUCAACACUGGCGACAAAGUGGCUGGCGGAUGGAGAAAAAAUCAUCCGAGCAUCAUUCCUAGUGGCACGGUGCCGGCAGCCCUCAGUACUGUUUAUUAGUGAAGUGGACAUGCUCUUGUCGGCCCACCUCAGUGAAGAGAGCCCUAUCAACCGACUUAAAGGUGAACUUCUAGCCCAGUUAGACUCACUUCUUAUGGGCUCGGGCGAGGAUGGAGGCAACCAAGUAUUGGUGGUUUGCUCCACAAGCAGACCACAGGAUAUGGAUGAAGGACUGCGCAGGUACUUUUCCCGGAGGGUCCUGGUGCCUCUGCCGGAUAGCGCAGCUCGACACCAGAUCAUGAACCAGCUCUUGGCCCAAUCUCAGCACAAAUACUGUUUGAGCGAGGAGGAGCUGGCGCUGCUGGUCCAGCGUACAGAUGGUUUCUCAGGACUGGAUCUGGCCAGACUCUGCCAGGAGGCUCUUGUAGGCCUGUUACAUGUCUCUGCACAGGGCGUGGACAUGACUGGUAUGAUGCCCAGGGGACAAAUCAGGCCCCUCACCUACCAGGACAUUGAGAGUGUCUUUUGUAAAUUCCAAGCAAGUAUAUCGCAGAAAGAGAUUGACACUUAUACUGAGUGGAACAAAAUGUUUGGUUGCAGUCAGUGAAAAGAUAGAUCCCGCCCUUGAGAAAAAGAGGUUUCCACAAUUCCUCCCCUCAGGGCAGAAGCAUUGUGCUGAAGGGGAAAGGCACACAAAAGGCCAACACAAGCUCUCACAAGCAGGGUUUAGAUGCACCAAGAGAGUCGCUUUGAUGAGACAACUGACAAUUUUGCAGUUAAUGAACAAGAGUUUUAAUUUGAAUGCUCGACACUCCAGAAAGCCAGGGAUUGUUUACACAUUGCAAGCAAGUUGGCUUCAGACAGGACACCCCAGUGUCUGUGUAUAUAUUGUUAUGUUGUUGUUCUUGAGAUUUAGUUGGCUAUCCAAGUGCCUGAAGUGGUGCUUUCUGAGUUUAUUUGUUUAUUUGCCUCACAAUCUACAUUCAUGGCAUGAGCUGAUAAUUAUUAAGAGCUUUAAAAACUUCAGCGGCAUGUCUGAAAGACCCAGACUGACAGUCACCAUUGGGUGGUGGUCAAUCGACCUUUAUUGUCUUACUAAGAGCAGAAAUCCAUUUGGGCUGCAGUACCCUGGGCCCCUGACUCUCACCCAUGUUUCUGAUCCUGUGUCUGCAAAACAAGCAAACGUAACAAACAAACAAACAACCAACACUCAGGAAAGCGUUUGUGAAUUGUACAGUACCUCAAGACAUCUUCACGAAAAGCACUAAGACCUGAGAGGAGAAUCUGGCAGUGUUAGGUGUACCUCAAAAGACUAGGCUAAAUAGCAAAGAGGUGGCAAUGAAUGUACUAAAUGUGUUCUGGAUUCGUGGAACAUAUUCUAUAGUGAGAGUAAAAAGAUUUUGUCCUUUCCCCCCCCUCACUGCAGGUGCUUUAGUUACCUGUUUCUACUUGACCAAUCCUUAUGAGCUUAUUCCCAUUGCUGUUUCAAAAUAUAAAACUGUGUUGUUUUGGGGUUUUAAAAGAUGGGCAGGUGUUGGGGUGGUGGGAGUUGUACAUUAAUUAAAACAACCAUAAUCAACAUUGUCUAUAAUACAUGAUCUAGGCUAUAUGGUUUAGCUGCAUGGAACCGCAUCAGUUAUCAGCUAACUCCUGUGCAAAAUAUUCAUCAUACAUUAAGCGAGGUAUUCUCUGAUCUUGAUGAACUUAAAUGGAAGGAAUCAUUCUUCAUAUAAAUAUACUUAUUUGCUUUUUUAACUGAGAGAUCAGGCUAGUACCAACAGCUGUUUACGUUAGCUUGGCAUAAAAUAUGUUAGCCUGUUAGACUGCAGCAUGUUAAAGUUAACCAGUUAACUUUUUAAACACUUAGCAGUGUUUUUGCAGGGAUUUUGCAAUGCUAAGCUAACGGGCAAAUGUUUGUAGACUUGGCUAUCUUUCAUAAAGAGAACAAAUAACUGUAUUUCUCCAAAAUAUCAGUGAUAUCAAAGAAAAAAUACUGUCUUUUUGUGUGGGUAUUACAUUAUUGUUUGACUUGGUCUUGCAUGGUUUUGAGGAAAGCAUGUUUGUCAGUCAGCAUCAAGAAAGCGAGGCUUGGAUAUUGCCCUUACCGAGUCCAACUGAAAUCAUAUUUAGUUAUUUUUUGCAGUAUUAACAAAUGUCAUAUAUAAAUAUGCUUUUAAAUUAACUUUUAACUUUGAUAUCAUUAAAAGAACAGAACGUGCUCAUA